AUGCAAGGUGUAUAUAGUGCCAAAAAGGUACAUACCACCUACGUGACUUCAGAAGGACUUUGUAGCGUGCCACACAUGAAUCUAAAAGAUCCCCCAUAUUGGGGUUGCACAUUUUUGAGUAGAGGCCAGGUUACAUCUGCGUACACCUUAGUUGUUUUAUCACAUCGUUUAAAAACAGUAUCGAGAGGAAGCAUAUUAACACAGUCCAAUAAACCACGCCCGAGUUUAGAGAGUUCUUUCUCUGUUUUUAAAGAACAUCCACGCAGAAGCUACGGGAUCGUAACGGGUAUCUGUCUCUUAGUACAAUCUCACGCUGGACCAUAUCAAAUAAUAGAGAAAAAGAUCAAAUUAAAAAAUUAUAGAAUAGAAAUUCGCGAAUACUUUAAACAUAUGUUUAUGUAUGGUUUAUUUUUCCCAGAUUUGAUAUUAAUAAAAGAUGAAAAACCACCAAUUAGUAAAUUGAUACUUAGUAAACCACAACAAGAAGAAACAGAAACACAUGAUUUUUUCAAAAUGGACAAGUAA